AUGGAGAGUAUUAAUAGAAAUGAUCAGGUCCCACUAACUCAACAAUGUAUUGUUCGAAAGGCUAACAAAAAUUGUUUGAAACGAAGAGAUUUGAGAUUUGGUUUCGAGCAUCAAUGUGCUACUGAAGUAGUUGGAAUUGAAUGUUUUGUUACGGAAACUGAAAAGAAAAAUCAUAUUGCUUGUGUAUUUGUUCGAAAAUCAAGACCACGUUAUACAUUGCUAUUCUCACAUCCAAAUGGUAGUGAUAUAUCGGAUCAUCUUGUUGGAUUACCUAAUUUGCAUGAUGCAGCAAGAUUUUUUAAUUGCAAUAUAUGCUCAUAUGAUUAUAGUGGUUAUGGUAUUAGUGAAGGUAAUCCAAGUGAAAAAAAUAUGUAUUCAGAUAUCAAUGCUGUUUAUAAAUAUCUAUUGGAGGAUUUAUGCAUUCCGGAAACAAAUAUCAUACUAUGGGGUUACAGUAUUGGUACAGUAGCAUCAAUCGAAUUAGCAAAACAAGCCAGUAAACUUGCUGGCUUAAUACUUCUUGCACCAGUAGCAUCAAUUAUACGAACAAUAUGUUGGGGAAAAUGUUGUUGGGAUCGAAGUGAGCAAUGUGGUCGUUUAGCGGAUUGUUGCUGUGAUCGAUUUAAUAGUGUUUAA